GUCGUGCACAACGUUACACUUUGUGCAUCCUGUGUAUACAUGUGUCAAGAUGCGUUAGGCAAUUGGAAAGCACCCAAAGGAACUAUUGUCACAUGGACGGUGGAGUAGAUCGUUUAGGCAACUGUCAGUUUCUAAAAUUCGAUACGUAAAAAUAGUUCUCUCGACUUUUAAAUGUGAAAUAACGAAAGCAAUUUCUAUCUAGAUAUUAAGACUACUUGUGAUAAAACGAAUCAGAAUGGCUCACAGUUCUCAAACAUAUGGGUCCACGGAUCAACGCACGGAUGUACCUGAUGUGGGAUUUAGCCCUACUGAACUUUAUAGUCUCAGUGAGAAUAUUACGACUAACAUAUAUACAAUUAAUACUAGUUGGAAAUCCCUCGAGCAUGCAUACAAAAAUAUUGGAACCAAUAAAGAUAAUCAGGGUCUAAGGGAUCAGGUGCAUGUAAUGCAGUUAAGCACAAAUCAAGUAGUAAGUCAAACGAGCAAAGAUAUUGCGAGACUGACAGUGUUAAUGAGGAGAGGGGAUAAACACCAGAAGUUGCAAAUUGAAAAACUCACCACCAAUUUUAAAGACACCGUGCAAAGAUACUCAGACAUGCAGAAGUCUAUUGCGGAUAAGAUGAAGAAACAUAUUUUGCGUACAACUAGUAUAGAGCAUUCUAUGGAUGUGGAUGAUGAAGAACAGGAACGUCUUCUACAAAUUGAAGAAAGUGAUCACAGUGCAACCCAAAGGACUCUUGAGUUUCAACAAGGAUUACUGUUAGAGAGGGAAGAUAGGAUAAAGAAGAUUGAAGGGAAUAUUUUGGAUGUGAAUCAAAUAAUGCGCGAACUCGCGGCAUUGGUGCACCAACAAGAUGAAACGAUUGACACGAUAGACAACCACAUAGAAAGUGUACACGGAAAUGUCGAGCUGGGGGUACAAGAGUUAAUUAAGGGAAGUAAUUAUCGACGUAAAUAUCAGCGAAAAGUUUUUAUUCUGUUGUUAUUCGCGAUUAUAGUCGUUGGUAUAUUAGUUAUUAUUCUAGUCACUAAACUAAGUUAACGCUCCUAAUCAUCGUAGACAUCACGAGCAAAUGAAAAGGGUUGUCUCAAUCUAUCUUAUAUCGAUUGUAGAAAUAACGAAAAAAAUAUAAUUUUACCAGUUUCUAUAUUGGAUACGCAAUAUGGGGAGAGGAUAGACUUAUUUUAUAUUUGUUUGUAAAUCGACACAUGGUCUGAAUGUAUUAUUCUUGUUCACUUGUAAAACUCUUGGAACAUUUUACACUGUUCUCAUCGCAUAUCUAUCUUCUUCUUUAACUUUUAUUUCCUAAUGAUCUAAAUUAAUAAAUUUAGAUUAAAAUGAAAUAUAACAAGUGUAUAUGUAGAUGUCUACAUUAUUCGUUAAAGCUGCUUUGUAUUAGUGGUAUAAAUAAAUGUUUAUUUUCGUUUUGAGAUACGAUUAGUAGAGUUUUGAAUAAUGUAUAGCAAUCAUUGUCUCUUUCGUUAUACUCGGAGGGUAAUCUUUCACGGGAAAUUUGAACGCAUCACUUUAAUUGUAUUAUAUAUAUUAUUUUUUCAAUAAAUUGUACAGCAUUACAAAUACAACGGCCAUUUUAAGAAAAUAAUGGAGUUUAAACGGAAACUGUUAAUGUUAUUUUAAAACUUCAAAUUCUAUGGCAAUGUAUAUAUGUUUGCUGAAAAUCCAUGUUAAAAUUAUGUACUUUUUACCGACCAGCUACGCUAUAACUUAAAAUAUUUCUCACUGUGAGACAGUGAACUGCAGUUACUAAUUUUGAAGAGCAAUUUUAUUAAAUUGUUUGCUCUGGGAAGUUUAAAUUUGUUCAAAAGUCUUUGUGUAGUAUUUCAAUGUAUUAAGUUAAGGAAAUACGAAUGACUGGAGAAAAUCAUUUGUAGGAAUAUCAUUUUCAGAAUAUCAUACCUCAGAAAUAUAUAGACUAAACGAUGUGGCACUAAAUUAAUCGACUAAAUGAUUAGUAUUUUAUGGGCAAAACAUGUUGAACGAACUGUAUUUUUCACUUGUUCUUUACCCAAUUGCAUGUAACACUGAUUUUCUGUUGUAUGUAUUAUAUGUAUUAUCGAUACAAAUGUUACCCACAGGUUUUGCUCAACUCGUAUCAAAUAGAUAAGCGUAACUUGUAAAGCUGUAGUUACAAAUUAUUGUAUAUUAUACUAAUUGAAUAUUUCAGUAUUUUAAAUUUCAUUGCAUGAUAUUGUUUCAAAGCAAACAUACAAUAUUGCUUAAUAUUAUGUACUAUGUUAUUUCUCUUAUUUAAUUUUGUAUAUAAAUUUGUAUGAGUUGUAUAAAUAACCUUAUAACGAUGCAUAAAUAUUGUUAUUUAUUGUUUUUCACUUCGAAAAUAUUAAAAUUCGUAAAUUAAUCCUAAUACUUGAAUCCAUUACACAGCUUUCUUUAUUUUUAUCAUUAAUUAUUUAAAGUGGAGCAUCUUCACUCUUUCAUAUUGAAUUUCUAAUGUAAAAUACACAAUGUUUACGAAUAAUAGAAUAAUUUACACUUUGUGUGUUUGAAACUUCACUUUUCUUGCUUCUAUGCGAACACAAGUAUUGAGCAAAUGAAUUUUAUUAUUUACGUCAUGGGAUACGAUAACGUUUUAACGAAAUUAUCUUCAAACUUACAUUUUUGCUACAGAUUUAUACAGAUAAAGCAUAAUUGAAUUAACCGAGUGUGAAUAUAAUUUCUAUAAUUAUUUUUCGUAAGAGCUAUGUCGUUUAUUAUGGAUUGCCUAUAUAUCUACUGAUGUUUACAAACGUUAAUAACAAGAGAUAUGCUACAGAUAAUUGUGAGAUUGAGACAGCCGUUUUCUGAGGAUCGAUUUAACUCUUAUAAUGAUUAUUAGGCAUUCCAAAAUCUAAAAAGUCCAGUGAUUACAUUAUCAUUAAGGUUACAACUUGAAUAUUGUAUAUACAACUAACCAUUGACAUUCUAAAUAAAUCAUAUUAUAUAUAUAAUA